AUGGCCCCCUCUGUAGCACUUGCAGUGGUUAACAGACUGCUCCAAGAAAUAAUGGACAACAACAAACCGUUUGGAGGAAAAGUAUUCUUACUUGGAGGAGAUUUCAGGCAAACACUUCCCGUGCUACCUCACGGUGACCGGACAAAAAUUGUUGAGGCCUGUGUUAAGAAUAAUAGACUGUGGACUAAUUUCCAAGUACUUCAACUGAAAAACAAUAUAUGCUCAGUUAACACUGAUUUCAGCAAUUGGCUGAUCAAAGUUGGCAGUGGUGAUACACCACACAUUGACGGUUUGCCUGUAGAUGUAAUUGAAAUACCUUCCCAAAUUUUAUGCACAGGAGAUAUUGUCAAAGACUUUUUUGGAGACAAAAUUCCUAUUACAGAUGUCCCUAACUUUACAAAAAAAUCUAUUCUUUGUCCAAAAAACUCUGAUGUCAACUCAAUAAAUGAAGAGGUGCUUAACAUUUUAGAAGGAGAGACAGUGACAUACCUCAGCUCAAACUCAAUUGAUGACUCAAGUGAGGAAGAUAUUCAAAACUAUCCAAUUGAGUUCCUCAAUGAAUUAACCCCAACAGGUAUGCCUAAGCAUAAACUCAACCUUAAAGAGGGCGCUAUAAUUAUGCUCCUUAGAAAUCUAAACACUAAGAAAGGAUUGUGCAAUGGCACCCGUCUCAUCGUCAAACAACUUAAGAAGAACCUCAUCAUUGCUCAAGUAAUAACAGGUUCAGCGGAAGGAAACCUAGUCUUUAUUCCCCGUAUGCAUUUGGCUCCAUCAACAACUGAUUUACAGUUUAUCUUACGAAGACGACAAUUUCCAGUAACAUUAGCCUUUGCCAUGACAAUUAACAAAUCUCAGGGGCAAACGUUGGAAAAAGUUGGCAUUUACUUGCCAGAACCGGUAUUCAGCCAUGGUCAGUUAUAUGUUGCAUUGUCAAGAGUAAGGAGUUUUACUGAUGUCAUGGUGAAGGUCGUAGAAGGUCAUGACCAAGGCAAACUGUUGGAAAACUGUGACAGAAUAUUCACAAGAAAUGUUGUCUAUAAAGAAAUUUUAUAG